AUGGCCACGAAUGGCGUAGGUACUCCAGUUGAAUCUCCACUGCGAAGUCUCCGGCCGAAGGACUCAUCCAUCACGCCCGAGCAUGCGGAGUUACAAGGAGAAGGCAUAAACAGGAACACAGCGGAGAGGCUGGAAGAAUUAUCGGCCCUUGCUGCAGAGGCCAUUCCGUCAACGCCGUUCGGUAUCAGUCAUGAGCAAGCUUUUAAAAGUGCGGACGUGCAGUCCACAGGGAAGCAAAAGAACAGCGCGAGGAUCCCGAAGCGGCUUUUCAACGCGACCAAGGACCAUGUAAUCAAUCAUGAGAAUCCAUCUAGAGAUAUAAACGGGAACGCCGCGGGGCCGGCCCCUACAACGAAAGCGUCGAUGAGCUGGGCUGAGGCAUCCGGUCAGUCACCCAGGCACGCUGCCGAAUACUCCCCGCAGUUGUGGCCUGCUGGACACGACGAGCCAUUCGUGAAAGAAGAAGACAGCUUGGAUGGGUGGCAGUACAGUCGCAGGGAAAGCCGCGAGAAGCAGAGUCACAUAUCCCCGACCUUGGAGGGAUGGGACUAUCUGAUCAGCAUUCCCCAAGAGCAAAUUGAACAGCUUGCCAUGCUUCACAGACCGCCUCAUUCGACGUCAGGAAAGGUGAUCAGAUAUGAAGAUGGGCAGAACAAUCUCGUCGCGAUCGUGCAGUUCGACAACGACGUCAAAUACUGCGUGCGCAUGCCCUCGUGCGGUUCGCGAGGCGUCUGGAACAAGCACGCAAGGUCGACGCUUCUGAACGUCGUCGACACCAUGCGCUACGUCAAAGCUACGACGAAUCUGCUGAUACCGGACGUGGUCGCCUACGACGUGGGAUUCGAAAAUGCCAUCAAGGCACCUUUCAUCAUCACGAGUUUUGUUGAGGGAAGGCGCCUCUCCGACGUCUGGUGGGAUGCUGACGGAACCGAACCAGGACAAGACUUUGUCUCGGUUCCUCGAGAGCUCGAGGCCAAGAGACAGAAGAUUCUAAGGUCGAUUGCAAAUCAAGUGGUUGAACUCAGAAGUCUGAAGUUCAAGAGCUACGGGGAGUUUAGACUUGUCAACGGAGAUGUGAGGCGACCAACGGUUGUUCCAAUCAAGAUGCGCCCCUUUUCCUCCAUUCUCGAAGACGACAUUUUGGACAGGCAUGCGAGGAGAUUUCCUUAUCUUAUGCUUGACGAAACUUACAAAGUAAGCACCACGAGCUCAAUAUCGUCUUUGAAGUCCUUUACGGGAAGCGGGACUGCCACUUCAUCGUACGAAUAUUACAAUGAGCUCCUCCGAACGUGGUACGAAACUACGGUAAGGACCUUUGCCAAGUACGACGUAUUUGACAGACCGGACGAGAACCCCAUGGUCAACAAAACCCGUGGGAUAUUUGCCCUGUACUCGCUGCUGCUCAAGUACCUUCCCUACGCACCGGGCACGAGCGAAUCCUACCAGCAGAACGAAGAGUUUGUCCUGGCGCAGACCGACUUCAAUCCUCAGAACAUCUUCGUGGACCGCGAGGGCAACGUUACCGGCUUUAUCGAUUGGGACUACACCGACACGAAGGCGCCGUAUCUGGGAUGGGCGCGGCAGCCGGUUUUCUUGUGCGAAGACUGGGCCGUUUGGAAGACUGGUCAAAACGUUAGCGGAGCCUUGAGCUGGCCUAGCAGGACUGGCCCCGUGACGUGCGAGCUAGAGAGGUAUCGCAAAGACUACGCGCGCUACCUCAUCGAAGCCUGCGCCCAUGACAGCGACGAUUGGCGAUUUGUGCUCAAGACGCCCUUGUUCGACGCCGUCGUCAGCUCCAUCGGCGGCAUAAGGUAUAUGGAGACUCUUCUCGUCCGCGUGCUGAGCACUCACGUCGGACAUUACGACUGGAUUAGCCACUUUCUCGACGUCGGGCAGCGUGGCUUCAAGCCUGGCGUGCAAAGCUUCUACGAAAACCUGUUCAAGCGGGUGCUUGACUGCGAUCCGUUGGCGGUCAAGGCAGAGCUAGGAAUUAUGGACGUCUCGAAGGAGCUUCGGACGCUGAGGUUGUAUGUGAAAGAGCACUGCAAGACGCACGAGACGUUGUAUAAGGCGCAGAAAGAGCGUGUCGAAAUGUGCAAGCGGCAACUUGAGCUCGUCAAGAAGCAGAACACGCUCUUACAAAAGACACUGGCUCAAGGACUGCACGAUAUGCAGCCAAAUGCAGCACGGCAGGACGAUCCAUCGGCGCACUCGUUGGAUGAUUCGCAAGCCAGCGAGCCUGUUGAGAAACUUCGCCAGACUCCAAAUCAUCUCUCAGUUGAUCAAACUCUUCCCAAUCCGCAUCAGUCCACGGAACAAAGCUCGCCGACAUCAAACAGAAUUGAUGACCCGCACCAUGCGGCAUGGAACCGCGGAAGAUCCGAAAACUAUUUCGUCAUGAGCGGAGCGUUGCAACCGACGACGCUACUGGAUUGUCUCGGCUCGUCGUGUGGUAGUCUGCAUUUUGAAAGGCCACGAACGCCGCCACAUCCGUCUCAUACACAUUAUCGGCGACGAUGGAAAAGGUUCAUAGAAGAAUUGAGAAGCCGCUUUAAAAAAUUCUGA